AUGGGAGUUUGGAGCAAAUUGGAUCACCCUCAUAUCCUCAAGUUUCUUGGAUUUGCCGUCGAAGGGGAUGGAUGCGAUGUAAAGGGUGUACUGGUUUCUCCUUGGUGCCCAAAUGGGAGUGUACUCGAGUAUCUAGAGAAGAACCCACAUGCAGAAAGGAUUGACUUGGCAAGGGAUAUUGCGAAAGGGCUUGACUAUUUACAUCAUUUGACGCCAGCAGUUAUUCAUGGAGAUCUCAAGCCUGCAAAUGUUCUCGUUAGCGAUAAUCACAACGCAAUAUUAUGCGAUUUCGGGCUGUCCCGCUUUAGCAGUGAACUCAGCACGGGCCAAACAUCCUCAACUGCUGCUUUCACGAUCAGGUUCACGCCCCCGGAGGUAAUAUUAGAUGAGGAAAGGAAGAGCACUGAAAGCGACGUUUAUUCAUUUGCAUGUACAUGUAUUCCGGCGAGUUAG